GACCACUUCAGAGGCCGCCACACCGUCGCCCCCUACAGUCACUGUCUCCCAGCCCUCCUGUAGAUGGCGCUGAAAACUUUCAAAGACCGCGAUGGUUGACCCUGAGAUGAGGGAGGCGACCACGACCACCAGCCGAGGGAGAGGAGCCGCGUAGAUUAACACUCAACAACUAAUUUCCAUCCAGUCACCUAUGUUGUUCUACAAGUCUGGGUAAUUGGUUUUAGUGAGCUCUGUGAAGAUGGAAAAGGAGUCCAGUCUUGAACAAAUUUCUGAAAACUUGGUCAAUAAUUCUAUGAAGAGAGAGAGCAGCCAUUUAGAGGUAUCGGUAUGUGGUGUACAGAUUGCUGAAAAUGCAAGUGUAUCAAAUUGUGAUGCGAAUGUGGCAAUGGUGAAGGAAAAAGAGGAAAAAGACUCAUCCACUGAAGAGGAGGAAGACGACUCCUCUGCUGAAGAGGUGUUUUCCAUUGAUAAGGAGACAGAUUUACCUGAAGUAGAUGAUCAUGAGAGCAAAGCCCAUUUUAAUGAGUUUAAGCCUUGGACAACAGAGGAAAUAUGCACACUUGUCAAAAGAAUUAAGAAAGAACUUCCUGCGUGUGACAAAAAUUCAUGUGUUCACACAUUAAAAGAAAUGAAGUGGGAGAAAAUUGCAUUUGAUUAUUAUUCUGCUGAAGACUGUAAGGCAGAGUUUCGAUUUCUCCUAAGAAAGGUCAAAACAAUGAAAACUAUGACGAGAGUACUCACAGAAGUGGAAGAAAAAAUUUCAAAUGGACAAAUUAAUAAAUAUUUAAUUUUACAACCCAAGACUAUCUUUACUAAAGAGUUUGUGAAAAAGAACAAAGGUAUUCCACCUGUGAAACUGUUCUCCACAGUAGCUGAAGCUUGGAAAAAUUUGCCCCAAAAAGAAAAGGAGAAUUACACUAAAUAUUCUGUCAAAGAAAAACAAAGGAGACUCAUUCCAUUACAUAUUGAUGAACCGCCUCAUCUCCCCAAAUCACCAUUUGAGAUCUUUUAUGAACACCAAUGUGGAAAAAAGGCUAAAAAAAGUCUCGAGUUCAAGAGGUCAACAAAAGUUAAAUAUGCAGCUCUAAAAUCAGAGAGGAAGUUGAGAUACAUUUACUUAUCAGCUGCAGAACUUUAUACAUAUGAGGUUCAAGCUGCUACAUAUCAGAAAGAACAUCCCAAGUGGAAAAUUCCAAUAAAACGAGGACCAAGUAAAGAAGAAAGUGAAAUGUAUCUCAUGGAAGCUGGUAUGCCACAUCGUCCUCCACAUUCAGCAGUCCUCUUAUAUUACUACGAGAUGAUAGCUGAAGGCAUAUUUGAUAGGGUCCCUGGAAUUAAUCGGCUUUUUACAGCCCUUGAUAUGUUCAGAGAGCUGCCUGAAGAGGAGCAACAGGUUUACAGAAGAAGAUAUAAAAAGGUGGUAGAUGACUAUGCCAGAGAGUUUCCCAUAUGGAAGGAAAAACAGAAUGAAGUGGUACAAAUGCUCGCUGAAAAGUUCAUAGGUCUGGGAAAGAUACAGUAUGGUCCAUUUGUUAAUCUGCCUUUGAAGAAAAAUUCUCCUGAUAUGAAGGAAAAGUAUUUAUCCCCAGAAGAAAACUUGUCUCAUAGUUCAGAGGAAAAUGUCUUGCAGAGUGAAGAGAAAAAAGUGACGAAGAAGGUAGUGGAAGAAAUGCCCUUGAGUACCGAGACUGAAGCGACUCCUAGUGCGAAAAAGAAGAAAUACUCCAGUAAAGAGACGAAUACUUCAUUCAGUACAGGGAAAACAAGUCUCCACAAAACAGAGGAUUACCAAAGUCACCAGAGAAAGAAGGAAAAUGAACAAGUUUUUCCUGAUCCCAAAAAAGAAAAGGUAAGAGAGGCAGUCCCUAUCCCUUUGUGGGAAUUGUUUGAAACAGACUUAAUGCCCAAACCAGAAGACAACUUGAAAGAAAAGAUAAGAAAACUUGAAAAGUGGAAAGCAAAAUCCAGUGAACUCACAUUUGACCAACUUUCCAUCCUUCAGAAUUGCUUCAAAAAAUUAAAGAAUGGUUUUGAAACCUCCAUCUUAACUGAUGUUGCCAGUUUUAAAAAAGAGACCCGUAAAAGAUUUUUAGGUACCUAUCGAGAUUUAUUGAGCAAGCUAUUAAAUCAUGAUAUUUUUGAGGAUAUAUAUCCCAUUAAACAUUAUCCCAGUGAAAAAUAUCCUUUGAUAUAAACUUUUAGCAUCUAUCGAGAUUUAUAUAUUGUAUUGUAUUUGGAGAGUAAAUAGCAGGUUAUGUUGUUAAUGUUGUGAGCGGAUAGAGAUUAUUAACAUUAUAAUGUAUGUAAAGUAUACGGUACUGUAUGUUGUUACAGUGGCCCUCAUGAUACCUGUGCCAAUAAGAACUGUGAAAGUGACAGAUGAAUAAGGAUGAUGGAUUCCGUGGAAGGAAAUGAAAAUCUUAGAUUAAAGGGGAAUUAAACAUUUAUUAUUCUUUAAUACAACAACACAACAUCAAACAAAUUUCACUUGAAAACUUGUUAUUGGACAAUCAUGUUAAGUAAAUCUUGUAACAGCUCACAGUUCUCCGGGAGGUAAUGAAAACUAAUGGAUUUAUAUUACUGAGGGAUAAGUCAGAUGGAUGAUGUAAACUUAGUUGUUUUGUUCUGAGAUUUUUACAUAUAUAUGAUUUUUUGUGAACAUUUAACUUGCAUGACCUUAAUGGCAUCUUAUUUGUUUUUAUUAUGAUCAAUUUUAUUUACUUACAUUGGACUCAUAAUUAUCAGUACAUAAUGGGUAAUAUUUACUUUAUCAACUGUGUAUCUAUCUCAAUGUGUUAGUAGUGUGGAUAGUCUCCUUUGUAAUUACCCUGUUAUUGAUUUCCAUAUUUUCUUUUUUAGAUGUUUUUUGCAACACUGUACAUCUUAUGAACCAUGAUACACAUUUUUCAGGUAUUUCUGUAGAAUGUAUUGUGUUUAAAUCAAACUUAUGGGUUGCCAGAAUCCCCACAUUGUUAAUUGGAACUAAUAUGGACAUUAUUUGAUCUUCAUAGACCAACCAUAUCCAUUAAAUAAGAAAAGGGUUGCAUGUAAUGUUUUACAGGUCAGCCCUUCAGUUCCAGUCAGUUGAGUAGCAUAGGAAGGUGUGUCUGUCUCCCUCUAUUCCUAUUGGAAGCUAUUCCCUAACUCCUUCUUCUUGUAUAAAAUCUUAAACAUUCCACUUGGUUAAUAUUGAUAACUGUCACCUCAGUUCUAGGUUUUAGAUAAGUUUAUGAGUUUAUUUCAAUAAUUUGUUUACCAGUCCAGUUUGAGAAUGUUUUACAAGUUGAUAUGCACGACCUUCACAACCCAGUGUAGUGCCUAAACCCAUCAUGUGUAACUUUAAUUAAGAUGUGGGUGUUUGACAUAAAGCUUUUAAUUUGAUAUAAGCUUUUGUGAUUCAGAAUGGAACUUUAGAAAACUGUCCUGUUGUUUGACAGUUGGGGAAACUGUUUAUCAUGCUUGGAAGUUAGUCAUUGUUGUAAUAAUAUUGUCUCACAAGAGUUUAUUCAUAUUUUUUGUGUUCAGCUAUAAGUGGUAACAGGAAGAUAACUAGUUUUUUAUUUAGAUGCAGUCAACAUUGUCAGGAGUCCUAAACCCUGAAUUAUCAACCCCUAGACCUGUUUGGUUAUCCUUGAGUCACCAGGGAUUUCAGGCUCAAUGUGUAAUUUUUGUUUUGUUUAGUUCUAAGGAUUACAAGUGAUGAACGAUUGAGAUGUUGCUUUUUAAUUUUUCUGUUUUGCCUUGUAGUAUUUCUGUUUUAAUUCUUAUGUUCUCUGGUCUGGUCUGUUGAAGGAAAUAAAACUGGAAAGUUAUAUUUUUGUUCACAUAGAAGAAAUUUUGAUACCAUCAUUCACUGUAGUUGGUGUCUUUUUAAUACAUAUAUAUUUUUUUUAAAUCUUGAAAACUAAAAACAGACACUAGUACAGCAUUUUUAUUAACAGUUUUAUGUUUUGUAACGUGCAUUUUAUGUUGGCAAAGCAUCUUUCACCUACUAAUGAGACAUUAACAAUAUUGAUACCAUAAUCAUUAUCAAGUCGAACAGCAUAAUACAAACCCCAAGUAGUAUCUCGACUGUCACUUGAUAUACGUAGCCUUUAAUGACUUUGACUUUUUCCCAUCAUCACUAGUACAGUACCCAUAUCAUGUUACAACUGUGAAACAAACACCAGUGAUGACAGUAACAUGCUUAUUCAAUGAAACCUUGACAACACCAUCCUAUUCAUCAGUACAUUCACUACCAAUCUGUAGUUGAUGUCAUUACCGGCACAAAUACUAACACCAAUUACCUCUACUAGUGUUACCAGUAUCAGCACUCUAGUAAAGCCUUAUUUUUAUUGCAGUUGUUUUCUUAAAGAGGUCAUGGAAUUCAGAAACCACCAAGACUGUUAAUCUAUGCAAUUUUCACUUUUAUAACAUCAGUUUUACAUUAAAACUUGUAUAGUACCAGUAGUAAUAUAUCCUAUAUAGAUUUUUUACUAUGAAACAUCAGUCAGUUAUUGGAUUUGUAGUGUUUCUUCAUUGAAUAAUACUUUAUCCUCUUCGCUACUGAUCAGCUUGUUAUUCGCUUUGAGUGGAAAUAUGGGUUAGAUUUUGAGCGCCACCUGUUUUACUGAUGCUGUACAUACCAGAAACAGUGAUAAGUCAUCAGAUGGUAGUGUUGUAUCUCCAAUUUUGCAAUGAUGUAUUCCACUACACCUGCUUCAAUGUUUUAAAACAUCUUAUGUACUCAGGAUAUAUAUACAGGGUAUAUAUAUGUGACUAUAUCUCAUUUCAGAUUUGCCAACAUAACAUUAAUAAAGGGAAAUUUCACUAUAUCAGAAAUAAGCUUUUUUUUUUGCCACUUAACAUCUUACUAGCCAUUCGAUUGGUUGGUCUAUCCAGUGUUCGUACAGAAGAAAACUGGGGAUCUGGCAACCUGUAAUGUUUGGUAGUGAGGAUCACACUGGAUAACACCCUUCUCACGCGUGUCUGGGCCGAGGCUCAAACCUUUGGCAUUUUGGUGAAAGUUACACGCGUUACUGCUGUAUGUCAGAUCCUAGUCCAGUCCGUAUCCAUGCCUUUCUCCACAUGUUAGCAUCCCUGGUCAUGCACCUUUUCCCAGAUAGCAUUGGUCAGUGUGAGUCAGAUUACCCAUUAUAUACAGUACACACAGGCCACAUGUAGGACUUAACAGGUACAGAUACAUUCUGGAGCCAGU